GGGGACCCGUCGCUAGCUCCGCCACUCUUAGAUUCACCAGCAAUGGUACUAUUCCCGUCGAUUCAAGCCGCGUCCGCCGCCUUGGUGGUCGCCUUGGCCGCGGCCACCUCAUCCACCCAAGGCAUGUCGAUCACCCAGCCCGGGGCAAUUUCUGACGUCCUUGAGGCAACUCCGCCGCUGAAUUGCGUCCUUGACGAGGUGGCGUACACCAUCACACCCGACGUGACUUUGGACGGAACUGAUAUUGGAACAACCUCUCAACGUGAUCCAGCCAACUGCUGCUUGGACUGUCAAAGCAAACCAGGGUGCAUAGCUUUUAAUUGGUAUGAUGGCGUGUGUUCUCUCAAGUCCACCCAAGGCAAGUCGUACCCCUCGCCUGGCGUCGUCUCCGGAGUCAUAACGUCUUCAGCGCCGCCCGAACCGACAACUGCCCCCGCAUGCCCGCGUAUUCGUAAAUCCUGGGGCGCCCUCUCAGCCUCCGAACAGGAAACGUUCGUGUCGGCGCUGGAAAUCGCCAUGGACCGGGGAUUGUACCAAAAGUUUGUUGCCAUCCACCAAGAGAAAAUGACCAACAUCGAGGCGCACGGGUCGUGUGUGUUUCUAUUUUGGCAUCGCCAGUUCCUCCUCGGGUUUGAGAACAUGCUGCGCAGCCUUGGCGACCGGUUCAAGUGCUUGACGCUGCCGUACUGGGACUACGUCGAGGACUACGCGACGAUGCAAAACACCCCUAUAGCUAACCGAUGUCGGUCCAUCGAAGCGUGCUCCCCCAUCACGACGGCACUUGGCGGCUCCACGCAAGGGUCCAUUUCUAGUGCGAAUUUUUUCGGGCACUCCUUCUUGACCUAUCGCUGCGUGAACCAACGCCCUGUCAACCACAUGUGCACGACAGCCGGCUCUGCGUCAUGCCCAAAGUGCCUCCCUCGUGGCGACUGGGCUAAUACGCCCAUGAUUUCCGACAUGAGCAUCUCAAGCGUUCGCCGGAGUGUCCUCAGUGGAUCCAACGUCCUUGCGGUCUCGCAAGCCAUCGAGUAUUCACCUCAUAACAUCAUUCACUCAACGCUCAACGGCCCGAUGGCGAACGCCCGCAUUUCCCCCAUGGACCCGAUCUUUUUCAUGCACCACAACACGAUCGAUCUCCUCCACACGAUCUACUACCACUGCCGCGUCGAGCCACUCAACUUGAGCGACUCGCAACAGAAAAACGACAUGCGGUCGUUCCAGGGUUGCAGCACCAACAACGGGGAAACCGUGGGCCCCACGUCGACGCUUCGCAUGCGGGUCAUGACUGGCGGGCAAGCCAUCGACGUUGCCAACGAUCCCCUCAUCGGCGCGUUCUUCAAGGACUUGCCGAACCAGUACUACAAGCUCACCGAUGUUCGCCAGCUCGGGUACUCGUUCGAGAUGAAGGGACUCCUCGGGGAUUUGUACACCAAGUGCGACGGCAGCACCGCCGUGAGCAGCAUCAGUUCCGUCGAACGCGCCACCAACGUCACGAUUGACAACGUCGUCGAGCCGGUCGUGUUGGCCGAAGACAAGAACGUGCUGGCGUUCGAAGAAGCCGUCCUUGCCCAGGCGGCGAGCCAGGGUCUGACUGUGGCCGAGGGGUACUUGGAGGUCGACAAGAUGAACGUGAUGCUCCAAGAGAACUGUCUGCCGGGGUCCGUCGUCGACUUCACGCCCGAGUUCAAGGAGAUGUGGCACAUCACGGGCAUGUCCAAGUCGUUUGCCCUCCUGCAGGACAUCCAGAGCGGGAAGAACCCCAUCCGCAUCAACCAGUGGCAGGACAUCCUGGCCAAGUACUUCAACUGCCGCGGCGAUGUCAAGGAAGUCGCGUAGCUUGCAUUCGUUCAUUCAUGUAAUAUCCCAUGUCGCAAUGUCGACACCGAUUCAAUCCAUUCCUUUGGGACGCAAGCAUGUCCUUCCACCCAAAGCCCGGCCGACACGUUCGAGAUGAUCGAGCUCGAAGGGUAGACGUCACUCAUUGUUGCGGUGCACUCUAUCAACUCAAGAUGCAUGAAACAGUG